AUGCAUUCCCCCUCGCCGGCGACCACCAUCGCACAGCACUAUUCUGCACACGUCGGCUCGCCAGAACUCUACGCAUUGGUCGUCGGUCACAUCCGCGCUCGCGAUGACCUUGCCCGCCUCUGCCGCGUCUCGCGUCCUUUCCGUCGAGCAGCUCAGGUCGCUCUCUACAACACGCUCGCACUCACGGUUGGAGUAUCCACCGAGGGCAACGCGCUGCUGCGCACUCUCGUUGACGCGCCGACCUUGGCAGGACUCGUGGAUGCGCUGUCCAUCCGGAUUCUACCCAAUGCAGCUACCAGCCUGCUCGCGCGCGUCCUUCGCGCCACGACGCGCUUGCGAUUCCUCGACAUCACGGGAAGUGGCCUGCCCCCGGCGCCGAGAGAACCGCCACCGGCAGCCAUAUUCGAGGGAACCCGCUUCCUGCUGCGGACGCUGACGUGCGAUAUGCCGUUAAACCAGCAUCUGUUCAGAUUUCUCGAAGCUCAGCGGAUUCUGGAGGACCUCACACUCACCGGAGAGGACGCGAGCCGCAUUGCUGGGGACUGCGGUAGACCAACUUCUGUCGCCACGAUACCUCCAGACGCACUGCCCGCACUUUACACCUUGGAAUGUGGGGCGCGCUUAGCAGCGGCGCUGCUUCCCGGAAGGAGCAUUCGUCGACUACACGCCUGGUUGGAAGUGGACGGCGACUAUCCACUGCUCACUCGAGCGCUACGCUCGACGAGUACACGGCCCAUCUCGUUGGAGGUGCUCAGUCCAGAUGACGCUGGCGCUUUGUCUCUUUUGGGCGCAGCAAGCCCCGAGGUGCGCUACCUUGGUACACCGGCUCUGCCAGUAGACGGUGCCGUGCGCCUUCAAGCCUACGCACUCCUCUUUCGCCUUCGUACCAUUGAGACGCUCGCGGUCGAUAUAUCCAGCUGGAAGCCAAUGCCGGUAUCGCACCGCGCUCUUCGUGCUCUUGCCUCCGAGAUUAGCAUCUACGCCCGUAGCCUAAGACGACUCGUCUUCCACGGGCCCACGGCAUGGAGAGGCGCGAGUAUCCCCCCAAGCUCGGGGCGUGCGUGGCGCCGAGCUUCUCAUGCUUACUCGUCUCCAUUCUCCUCGCGCGCCCCGUCGCCUCAUCCAACGUCCCGGUCGUCGUCGCCGUGGCUGUCAUCGCGUCCCGCGUCCCCUCAGCCGAUUUCACGACGACACAGCGCUCGCCCGGACGCCACUGAGGACGAUGAGGGAGACGCGGUCGUACUGGCACUUAUCAACGGUAUCUGGUCGGUCGAGGAGGACCUACCGCUGGACAACCUCUGGCGAGAGGCAGCCUAGUGCUUUGACAUUACCAUCUCCAUGCUGACUUCCAUUUGCUUUCCAUUCGUCGUUCUCUACUUCAUCCGCUAUUCUUGACAAUGCCACGACGCCAUACACGCCUUUGUAUUUUUAUUUUGUUAUCACGAAACUCUCACUCUUUCACCUUGACUCAAACAUAUACCUAUCCUCCACUGUCUUUGCACCAUAUACCCGUCGUCCUACUCUCUUUGAAAAGCAGCUGAAGGGGCUGACAAUUCCCCAUUUGUACUUCUACCUCUACAAACAUAUGAAUCCGCUGCUAAUUCAUGUUAUACCUCUAUUAUAAGAAUUUUGUACUGCUCA